UUGUCAACAAAGCCUUUUCGAAUUUCUGUUUUUAAGGUACGACAACAAACCGCUGAGAAUGCUCAAUUGAUUCGGGAGCAGCUGCAAAAUAACAAGAAAAGUAAAUUGAAUAGGAUCCGAAAAGAAUUACGCCAAUCAAUAUCCGAAAAGAUGUCCAAUAUAACAUCUGAGGCUCGUUCCGAAGCUACACGUAUUCCAUUACCUUCUGUCUCAACAUCAGUCUCAACAGCGACUUCCGGGACUUCCUCAAGUCGUACUCCGCGACGACAUCGCCAUAUUUUCACAAAAGAGGAUGCGAUAAAGGCGCUGGAACGCGGUCGCCGCGCGCAUGAACGUCUUCUAGUAGAACGAGCAGAAGCGAGGAAAAAGGCGGAAGAAGCCGUAAAAUUGAGACGUGAAGCUGCCGAAGAAGCCAAUCGAUUCAAUAAAGUGAGUUCUGAUGUAAUGGAUACAAAUACAAAAUUUUUAUCAAUCAAUACGAAUCAAUAA